UGAGAUGUGAUGUUGGUGAUGUCUGGGAGAGUGCUAGCCGGAGCUGGCAAGACGUCGUGCUUGGCAUUUGCGGAGCUUUCUUUCUUGCUCCCGGGCUUUGCGCCUGCAACCUCAUCACCUUCGGCCUUCACCUCAGCCUCACCUCUUGCUACACUGCCCCCGUGUAGCUUCCAAUCGAGUCGUAGGGACACGCACAAUCGGUCACAAUGCUGGCUGCUCGCUCUUUCGCCGCCCCCGCGCGCCAAUGCCUGCGCCAGGCUCGCACGCCCGCAUUCGCACAGACUGCGUUCCGCACAUACUCGGCGGCGCCCUCUGAGGUUGCCAAGUUCAAGGGUGCCAAGGGCAACGACGGCAAGUACACGGUCUCGUUCAUCGAGGGCGACGGUAUCGGCCCCGAGAUCGCGCAGUCGGUCAAGGACAUCUACACGGCCGCGAAGGUGCCCAUCAAGUGGGAGUCGUGCGACGUCACACCCCGCCUUACCCCAGAGGGCAAGACAGUUAUCCCCACCGAGUCGAUUGAGAGCAUUGAGCGCAACUACGUCGCCCUCAAGGGUCCCCUCGCCACACCCAUCGGCAAGGGUCACGUCUCGCUCAACCUCACGCUCCGCCGCACCUUCAACCUCUUCGCCAACGUCCGUCCCUGCAGGUCUAUCGAGGGCUUCAAGACCCCCUACGACAACGUCGACACUGUCCUGAUCCGUGAGAACACCGAGGGCGAGUACUCUGGAAUCGAGCACGUCGUCGUCGAUGGCGUCGUCCAGUCCAUCAAGCUCAUCACCCGCGAGGCGUCUGAGCGCGUCCUGCGUUACGCUUUCCAGCACGCCCGCGACAUUGGCAGGAAGAAGGUGCGCGCGGUCCACAAGGCCACCAUCAUGAAGAUGUCCGACGGUCUUUUCCUGAGCACCGCUCGCGAGCUCUCCAAGGAGUACCCCGACAUUGAGUUUGACGCUGAGCUUCUUGACAACACCUGCUUGAAGAUGGUCACCGACCCCCUUCCCUACAACGACAAGGUCCUCGUCAUGCCCAACUUGUACGGAGACAUUCUCUCCGACAUGUGCGCCGGUCUGAUCGGUGGUCUUGGUCUCACUCCUUCCGGAAACAUUGGUGACGAGUGCUCCAUCUUCGAGGCUGUCCACGGAUCCGCCCCUGAUAUCGCCGGAAAGCAGCUCGCCAACCCCACUGCGCUCCUCCUCUCCUCCAUCAUGAUGCUGCGACACAUGGGCCUCAACGCCGAGGCUGCCAACAUCGAGCAGGCCAUCUUUAAGACCAUCGCCGCUGGCAAGUACAUCACUGGCGAUCUCGGCGGCAAGGCCAAGACUUACGAGUACACCGACGCUGUUAUCAAGGCACUGAACUAGACUUGAUGUGAUUUAUGAGCAUUCCGGAAUGACGGGACGGUAGCGAUUGCAUAUUUGUGGAUAUGUACCAGUCAUUGUACAUUAAGGCUGCCAUUUGAUAUUGCUAGACAGUUGAUAUCCGUAUUCAUUUCUGCGCCCACGGGCAUGUAA